UUCAAUCAGAACAUGAUGAAUAAUUAUCUUUAUUAAUCUGACUGAUAGAAGUGAUAAAAAGAUAAAGUUUAGUUAGGCCCAGAUUUAUAAAGUGCAACGGACGAUCGUUCUGAGAGGUUACAAAAUGCAGCUAUUGCCAUGCGUCAAAAAAUACGAUGAAAAUGAAAGUAAUUCAAAACAAAUCGACAGAGAAAUCAAACAAUGGAUUAAAUCCUACAACGAUGCUAUCAAAUUAUUACUGCUGGGAACCGGUGAGAGUGGAAAAACAACCAUAAUAAAACAAAUGAAAAUUCUUCACAUACAGGGAUUUAAUGCUGGAGAGCGACUGGAAAAAGUACAGCAUAUUCGGCACAAUAUUCACGAAUCAAUAUACGAGAUAGUCCAUAAUAUGUCAGCAUUAAGUAUACCACUCCGAGAUCCGAGGAAUAUUCAGUCCCAACAGUACAUAUUACAGAUUGGGCUUGCAGGACCUGGAGAUUAUACAGAGGAGUACUUCGACCACGUUAGAUCAUUAUGGCGAGACGCAGGAGUCAGGGAAUGCUUCAAACGAGCCAAUGAAUAUCAGCUCAUAGACAGCGCGGAAUACUUUCUUGACAGAAUAGACCUGAUUGCUAAAAGCGAUUAUCUUCCAUCCGACGCAGACAUCCUACGCUGCCGACAGAAGACCACUGGUAUACAGAAGAUUGAGUUUAAAGUUAAAGUACCAAAAUCAAUGCAUGGUGGCGUCCAAGAUUUCUGGAUGUUCGAUGUUGGAGGUCAAAGAGGUGAACGAAAGAAGUGGAUCCAGGUGUUCGAAGGUAUACAUGCAAUCUGGUUCCUGGUCGCUUGCAGUGAUUUUGAUCAGAAUUUACGGGAGGACAAUACACAGAAUCGAUUGACUGAGUCACUAGUUUUGUUUCAAGAUGUCUGGCAGAGUAGAUUUCUCCUGGAAGCAGGAUUAAUAGUGUUUUUGAACAAGCAAGAUCUUCUCGAGAACAAAGUAUCUCGGGGUAACACAAUCGCUCAUUACUUUCCGCAGUAUGACAACUUUGAUGCUCCCGGAAAUGAAUAUAAUAGGACUAAACUAUUUAUUAAGAGCCUUUUCAUGGACUUAACAAAGAAGCGAGAGAGAAGAAACCUAACAGCAUCAGCUGAACGCUUCGUGGUAAGUGAAGCAAGCCGAGCACGCGAAUGCUAUUUUCACUUCACAACAGCAACGGACACAGACAACGUACGAACGGUCUUCCGAGACGUGCAUCAGAUGAUACUUACACAUAUACUUAAUAAUAUUGGUGUCUAUUAAUAAAUGU